CGCACGCGGUUUACUAUUUUAAAGACUAUUAUGUAGGAAAGUGCUAAUCUGUAAGACUGUUAAUAAUUAAUGUGUAUAAAACUUUUUUUUUUAUACUGACACCCUAAAAUUUUUAUUUAUCAAGUGGAGGAAAAUUCGGUUAUUUUAAAUAUAUAAAAUUUAUAAGAAAAUACAAAGGAUGGUAGAUGUAACAACGACUUUACCAUCGAGCAAUGGAGCGACGUUGAUGGGACGCACAAAAGGUGCAUUGAGGACCAUGAGAACAGCAUUAGGGGGUGGUGGAGAAUAUCUCCAGGGAUUAGGAAGUAGAAUAGGAUCAGCAUUAAGUAGUAGCUUUGAAGACAGCGAAGUCACGACAACUCCGUCCUCGCCGCCGUCGCCGCAUUUAAAUGAUCAGGACGCGAGCCGUAAUGAGGGAACAGCUCGACGGAAGUUGCGGUUUCCUCGGCCCGGUGGAGGUUAUUCUUAUGAAGAUUAUGAAGCUAUGACCCGACACAAACUUGAACGCGAAGCCUGUACGCGGUCACGUAGGAAAUAUCCUCCGGGAAUGACGUAUGAGGAAAUCGCGUCUUCGAGAGCAUCUGUGGAGAAUAAAAAUCCAGUGCAAGCCGAGCAGGAAAUUAGUCCAGACAGAGAUAGUAUUGAAAGUAUUGAACCUCUUCAAGAAAAAGAUAUCCGGGCUACUGGUCCAGAUCCUUACGAUAAACUUGAUUACAAAACAGCAAGAGCUCCAGAUCGCUAUGAAACGGUUGUUUUCCGUUUAGAUGUACCUUGUAGCAGUGGUUCAGCUAGUGAUCAAGACGGUUACGGACCUAGUACGAGUUUGGACUCUAAUAUGGAUGGUCGUAGAAUGUGGGAAAGAUCAGGGUCUUCCGGUUCAGUACAAUCAUGGGCAUCGAGUUUGUCGGCAGAUAGUCAAUCUGAAGAAGCUGCUGCUGAUUUUAUGAAAUCAUUUGUCCCGCUUCUUUUUGAUGCUCCAAAUAAUAUUGAUCAAGAACAAAAAUCCAGCUUUGGUCAAAUGGUUCUUACGGAGUCGGGAAGAAUAUGGUUCGCAAGAGUUGUUAAUGCCAGAAGAGCUCGUGCUUGUGUUUCAGAAUCUUCAUUUUAUUCAUUAGCACAACACUUUGCGGUUGCAUUAUUUGAGUGCCAUGAAGCUGAUGAUUUUGCUCCAGCUAAAAGCCUAAUGAAUAUGUGCUUUACAUUUUACCAUGAAGUCGAAGUUCCAGGUUUGGAACCGUAUAGAGAAUAUUUGUACACGCAUUUACGAGUUCAGCCUAUCUGGAGAUCCAUGAGGUUCUGGACUGCUGCGUUUUUUGACGCCGUCCAGUGUGAAAGAGCUGCGAGACCUGUUCCAUCAAGAUCGAAAUCACUAGAUCGAGAGACAAUUGCUGCAGAAGAUCGAAAGUAUCAAGCUAACAUUGUCUUUGGUCAAUUAGGUACUUUUACAUGUAAUAUGCACGCUUUUGGGUUAUCAAGAAAUCUUUGUUUAGAGUUUUUACGAAAACAAUGUGUGAUAGCUAAUCUUACACCAGAGCAAGAAAAAAUGUUACGAGAUAACAUAAUGCGCAUGUUUGACGAGUCCGAGCCAUGGAGGUAGUGAACUAUAAUGCGGGUGCCUUAUGUUCGCGCAUAUAUAAAAAUGUAACGACUGAAUUAGUUAUUUCAAUAGUAAACUAAUAAUCAGUAUUUGUCAAUUAAAGUGAGGUCUAUUGUUUUAUCUUCAUUAUUUGUUAUAUAAAUAUUAAUAAUAAAUAUUUUUUGAAUUAAA